AUCCUUAAAUUCUAUUCGACCACGUUUACGGUUCUUUCUCUUCUUUUAGAUAGGCUUGAUUUCCCCCUUAAUAAUCUAAGUAUCCAACAAAUAUGAGUGGUGGAGGGGCGAUGAGAGCGGCGGCGGUGGCGAAGGCAGCCGGAAUCACUGUUGCCAACAGUGGCUUUCGGGGAAUCGCGUCGGAGCAUCCUGUAUCUUCUGCCGCUCGCAAGGUUGUCCGCCCGGUCUCCGUUUCCGGGAUUUCGUCUUCUUCGGACCACCUGAAGUCGAGUGCUGUUUCAGCUUCACAAAGCACUGCGGUGGAUGGAGCACCCGUGCAGUGGCCAUGCCGGGAGCUCGAUGGCUGGGAAUUUGCCGGCGGGGACGAGGAGGAGAUGGUCGCCGCUGGUGAGCCGCUCCCGAGACUCAUCUUUGGUGGCGCCCCUUCUCUCCAGGAGGCCAAAGAGGCCACUUUCGAUCUCAAAGACGCCCUUCACAAGGUGUAUAAUAUGAGCACACCUCCCAGUGACUGUGGAAGUACCAAUGGUGCUGCUCAAGUGAAUAAUGACCACUCCCCACCAUCGAACUCCUCUAGUGAAAACGCCAUCGCUCAUGGGGCACCAAAACAUGCCAUUCGGGCAUUUAAGUUCCUCUAUGAAAAUGCUGCUGCCCAGACUGUUGUUGCUUCAAUUGCUUCUGAUCCAAACGUUUGGAACGCAGUUUUGGCAAACCCAGAGCUCCAGGAAUUCCUCGUGUCACAGAAAACCAGUGCUUAUGUCCUCGAUGGUGAGUACAGCGUGGAGGAAUCCAUUGCAGAGACUGAUUUCUUACGUUAUUCAUCACCGAGGAAUGAUGACUUGACAUCAGAAGACGGGUCCCCUAAACCCGGGAAUGGUUUUACAGAUUUCUUGCAGAAUAUUAAAGUGGCAGUUCUUGAUAUGAUGAACUGCUUAUCCGAUUUCUUCCAAAAUCUCUUCGGAGGUCACAAAGUAUUUGCAGAUGCUGAUGGAAGUGCCAAAACAAGCGUGGUGGAUAGAGCCUUGGGUGCGUCGUUUAUGGGAUUGGCAAUCAUGGCGAUAAUGGUGGUUGUGCUGAAACGAGCUUGAUCAUAUUCUGCAAGAAUUCGUCGAAGCUACAAUAUAUGUAUAUAUUAUAGACUUAUAGUUCAAUUUGGUUACUAAAUUUCUUUUGGAAUGAACAAUGGAGCAUGUACUAUAAUAUAAGACCAGAAUAAAGAAAUUCAUGAAAACUAUAAUAAAAUUGUACAUUUUCUCCC